AUGUUUAGGCAACAAAAUCACUUAAUUAGCUCUCAAAAUCAAUCAAAUUAUCGCCAAUCUUCUCAAAAUCAAUCAAAAUAUCGUCAACCCUCUCAGAUAAAUACCAAUCAAAGGGGAGAAAAUUCUCAAAAUUAUUUUCCUCAAUAUGAUAACCUCUACCAUGAAUCUCCAUCUGAAAAUGCCAACCUUUCAUAUCGUCAACUUGAUCCUAAUUAUGGAUUUUCUCAAUACCAAGAAGAUUCAUCUCCAAACAAUGAUGUUGAUGAUGAUGGUGGUGAAUACGAAGAAGGUGAUGAUGGUGAUGGUGAUGGUGUUGGUCAAUACCAUGAAGAUGAUGAUUCUGAUGGUUUUGAUGACUUUGUUCAGCCAACUCAAUCAUUUUCGCAAUUACUAUCAGCUAAUCAAUCUCAGCAACAACCGCAAAUACAACCCGCUCAAUCACAAAACCUAUUUAUCCCAGCAACAAGUUCUUGUGGUAAGAGGGUUUGGGAUCACGUUGAAGAUGAACUCCUCAUCUCCGCAUUUAUGAACACUUCUCUUGAUAAGGUGAGUGGAACGAGCCAAAAGAAAAAUGCCUUCUGGGGAAGAGUUUGGGAAGCUUUCGAGGCAGGAAGAAUAUCAAACCCAACAGAAAUAGCUCCAAGAAAUGCUGAUAUGGUGAAAGGUCAUUGGAGUAGACUUGCUCCACGGAUUUUAAGGUGGGCAGCAUUUUAUGAUGAAGAUCUUGCAAGAAAGAAGAGUGGUCAAAACGACAAUCUCUAUUAUAUAAGCCAAGGGAGGAGUGAUGUUCUGAGAGAAGCUCAUUUAUUGCAUAAUAGGAAAAAUGGUAGGUUCAUCCUCAAACAUGCUUGGAAUUUGUUGAGGAAGUUUCGAAAAUGGAGGUCAAUAGUUAUAAAAUCAAUGGAAACUCCACGUGGUCGCCCCAAAAAUCCACAAGAAAAUGUGGAUUCACCUAGAAGCGGAAGUAGCGGUAAGAGGACAAGAGUUGAUAGAAGCGACUCAAUGCCCGAGACACCUACCACUGGUGAAGGAGGUGAAGUGGACCCACGUCCCUAUGGUGUUAAGAAAGCGAAGUCUAAGCUCAAAGGGGGGUCUAGUCAGACAGUUGAGUGUUCUGAUACAGUUAAUGAAAGGCUUCGGAUCCAUUCAGAGCGUAAGAGUGUAGAUGUUCAAAAAGAUAAGACAGAAAGUCGGAGGUUCAAGCAAGGAAGGUUGCUGCAAAGGAACAAGAAAUAG